UUUCCACAAAACCCACGCGAAGGAAUCAUGUGGGGCGGCGGCUUUGAGAGCUUCUUCGGCGGCGGCUUCGAGGGCGGCCACGGCCAUGGCGCGCCGCGCGGCAACGUCGACAACUCCAAGUACUACGAGACGCUCGGCGUGGCCAAGACGGCGUCGGAGGCCGAGAUCAAGAAGGCCUUCCGCAAGCUUGCGCUCAAGAACCACCCGGACAAGGGCGGCGACCCGGAGCUCUUCAAGGACAUUACGGUCGCGUACGAGGUGCUUUCGGACCCGGAGAAGCGCGAGCUCUACGACCAGUACGGCGAAGAGGGCCUCCAGCAGGGCGGCGGCGGCGGCGGCGGCGCCGACAUUUUCAGCCAAAUGUUUGGCGGCCGUGGCGGUGGCCGCCCGCGUGGCCCGCAGAAGGGUGAAGACCUCACGCACCCGCUCAAGGUCUCGCUCGAGGAUCUGUACAACGGCAAGACGGUCAAGCUCGCCGUGAACCGCGAUGUGCUCUGUGGCCGCUGCGACGGCCGCGGUGGCGCCGAGGGCGCUGAGAAGACGUGUGACACGUGCAACGGCCGUGGCAUGCGCAUCCAGCACCGCCAGAUCGCGCCCGGCAUGGUCCAGCAGGUCCAGUCGGUCUGCCCCGACUGCCGUGGCCAAGGCAAGACGAUCCGCGAUGCGGACCGCUGCAAGGGCUGCAAGGGCAACAAGGUCUCCAAGGAGCGCAAGGUCCUCGAAGUCCACAUCGAGAAGGGCAUGCGCAACGGCCAGCGUAUCACGUUCACGGGCGAAGCCGACCAGGCGCCUGGUACGAUUGCCGGCGACAUCGUCUUUGUCGUCCAGGAGAAGGAACACGCGACCUUUCAGCGCAAGGGUGCCAACCUCAUCAUGGAGAAGAAGAUCACGCUUGUCGAGGCGCUGUGCGGUUUCGAGACGAUCGUCGAGCACCUGGAUGGCCGCCACUUGCACGUCAAGACCAAGCCCGGCGAGGUCAUCAAGCCGAACCAGUUCAAGGCGGUGCACGGCGAAGGCAUGCCGCAGCACGGCAACCCGUUCGUGAAGGGCCAGCUCGUCAUCUUGUUCAAGAUCGAAUUCCCGACGUCCGUGUCGGCGGACCAGGUCCGCGCGCUCCAGAGCGUGUUUGCCUUGCCCGAGCCCGUCCGUCGCUACAGCGAUUCGGAAGAGUGCUUCCUCGGCGACUUUGAUGCGGAGGCCGCCAAGCAGGAGGCCCAGCGCGAAGCGUACGACUCGGACGACGACCGGGGCCAGCCCCGUGGCGUCCAGUGCCAGCAGCAGUAAGCUUGACGUCGGUCUUCGAACGAAAUUGAAUAUAGAGUUAUAGUUUGCAGUCGA